GCACGUCUAGUCGUCCACGUCAUUUUUGUUUGCGGCUGAAAAGUGCAUGUUUUCUUGGCAGUUUUUAGUCAUAAAAACCUAAUUUAUUAAAUAUAAAGCAUAAAAUGGUUCACACAAACGCAAUGGAAGGUUCUCUUUUUGAACCAACUCUGUACAUAGUUAAAGGUAUGUGCAUUUUAGACUCUGAAGGUAACCGUGUGCUUGCCAAGUAUUAUGACAAAAAUGUGCUGCCAACUGCUAAGGAACAGAAGGCGUUUGAGAAGAACCUGUUUAAUAAGACACACAGAGCGAACGCUGAGAUCAUCAUGUUGGAUGGCCUGACUUGCGUGUACAAGAGCAAUCUCAACUUAUUCUUCUACGUGAUGGGCAGCUCACAUGAGAAUGAGCUGAUUCUUCAAUCCGUGCUGAACGCUCUAUACGAGUCUGUUAGCAUUUUGUUAAGACGGAAUGUGGACUUCAAGACUCUCAUUGACAAUUUGGAUGCAGUCAUGUUGGCGUUCGACGAGAUCUGUGAUGGAGGCGUGAUCCUUGACGCCGAUCCGAUGUCUAUAGUGGGCCGGGCCGCACUCCGCACUGAAGAUGUACCUCUUGGGGAACAGACGGUCGCCCAGGUAUUACAAUCGGCAAAGGAACAAUUGAAGUGGUCGUUACUCAAAUGAAAUAUGUUCAAACGAUUUAAAAACUUAUGAGUACUUUAUUUACAGUUACAUACAAAGGCAAAAUUUGUAUUAAUAGAUUUAUAAGUUUCGCAAACUUGGACAUUACAGCUAUACAUAAUAUAUUUUUGAUUUAAAUAAAUAAUUAUUUUAAAACAA